UUAAUUUUUGCAAUUUUUUUUGUUCUCUCUUGUAAUUUUCCAAAAACUCUCCUUUUUUCUUUUAAAUAUUUUGUAAAUUUCUGGGGGAACAUGUAUUUAGAUGAAAUGGGCAUUCUCAUUGGUAAGUCAAUUUGGGCCCAGCCAUUCCAGCCAAUAGCAGUGGACUACAAUGCCUCACUUGGCUAAUAAAGUAGCCUGCACUGCUGCUCUGGCUCUGCCCUCCGAUGAGAUCCAACGGCGGAUACAUCACGAGUCGCACGUUAUUUUCUACUCGGGGGCCCGUUCGUCACAUAAUGGACCCACGGCCUGGACGAGGACCUAUAAAAGCGCGGCAAUCCCUUCCGCCGCUUGGUUUUCUUCACUUCUCACUGGUCGUAUCCGAGAAAAAAGGGCGAAGCCUAAGAGUAUGGAUACAUCUAGUCCUGCCGUUUUUGUCAACUCAGAGAUUCUGAAAAUGUACCUUGGUCGAAGAGUCCGGGCUGUGAUUCAAGUCUUGCGAAAUGAUGCUGGAGCUAUUGUUGGUAAAUCAACUGAUGGGCAACAGCUAACUAUUAAGGGCUCUCAGGCCCUUCCCCUGUCCCAUUAUGUUGAGGUCAUUGGCAUUGCUGACAGCAACCAAUCAAUUCGAGCUGAAAUAUGCACUGAUUUUGGUGAAAAUUUUGAUGUGUCAGCUUACAAUGGGUUAUGCCAGCUCGCGAAUGGCAAAUUCAAGAAUUUAUUUCACUAGAAAACUGGUAGCUGCUGCUGGAUGUGAUCUUACUAGGGUAUAAAUCAGACCAACUAGCCACUGAGAUAAGAAAAACUUGUUUUCCUGUCGAUAUUCUUACUCUGUCGUGAUAAAUGAACUGUCUGUGUGUGUUUCCUUGACAUAUUAUGGUCUGGGGUUGUUAUGGGCCAGUUCAUGGGCUGGCAUGGCAUGCGCCUGUUGGGCCUAAACUUCUUUUUGUGCUGUUCUUGGCCCAAAUCCAAUUACACCACUUGGAUCAGAUUUCUUUAUCUUGUACUUAUGAUCCCACUAAUUUUGAGACAUGCACAUCUUAA